UGGUGCUUUGCGAACCUAAAUUGAAUGCUCGGGCAAAAUACAUUUGUAUUCGCUGUUCAGCCUUGAAAAAAAGCAUAAAACAAAAGACAUUUUGACACGUCGGAAGAAACAUUUGAGCGGCCUGUAAAGGCGAGACCAUAUUUUUGGAAGAGGCAUCAUGGAUCAAGACUAUGAGUGCAGGCUGCUAAGACAGAUUAAUAUCCAAAACGAGAAUGCCAGCCCUGUAAAAGCUGUGGGAGCGGUGCGAACUCUGACACCCACCAGCUCCCCACUGUCCUCUCCCAGCAAACAUGGCGAUCGCUUCAUUCCCUCCCGAGCAGGAGCCAACUGGAGUGUCAACUUCCACCGUAUUAAUGAAAUUGAAAAGUCUCACAAUCAAAACAGGAAAACCAAAGACGGUACCACCGACAGCAACAAAGUGGAUGGUCUCGCUUACUCGGCUCUGCUGAAAAAUGAGCUGCUAGGCGCCGGCAUCGAGAAAGUCCAGGACCCCCAGUCUGAGGAUCGUCGAUUGCAGCCUUCUACGCCUGCCAAGAGAAGCCUGUUUAAUUAUUCCUUAAGUACUAAGAGGUCUUUGCCAGAAGAAGAUGGAAAUUCAGUUUCUCCAUAUUCUUUAUCACCUGUCAGUAGUAACAGUCAAAAACUUCUACGAUCACCAAGAAAGCCUACCCGUAAAAUUUCCAAAAUUCCUUUCAAAGUUCUUGAUGCUCCAGAGCUUCAAGACGACUUCUACCUCAACCUGGUGGACUGGUCCUCUCUAAACGUGCUCAGUGUUGGCCUGGGUACCUGUGUUUACCUGUGGAGCGCCUGUACCAGCCAGGUGACUCGUCUUUGUGACCUCUCCGUCGAAGGAGACUCAGUAACAUCAGUGGGAUGGUCAGAGAGGGGUAACCUGGUAGCAGUGGGUACUCACAAAGGCUACGUGCAGAUUUGGGAUGCAGCAGCAGGGAAGAAGCUCUCGGUACUCGAGGGACACACAGCCAGAGUGGGCGCUUUGGCGUGGAACGCGGACCAGCUGUCAUCUGGGAGCCGCGAUCGCAUAAUCCUGCAGCGGGACAUCAGAGCGCCACCUCUCCAGUCGGAGCGCCGUCUCCAGGGGCACAGGCAGGAAGUCUGUGGGCUCAAGUGGAGCACAGACCACCAACUGCUGGCUUCGGGUGGAAAUGACAACAAGCUGCUUGUGUGGAACCAUUCGAGCGUUUUGCCGGUGCAGCAGUACACGGAGCACUUGGCUGCGGUGAAGGCCAUCGCCUGGUCGCCUCACCAGCACGGUCUGCUGGCCUCCGGAGGAGGGACCGCUGAUCGCUGCAUCCGCUUCUGGAACACCCUGACCGCCCAACCCUUGCAGUGCACCGACACGGGCUCUCAGGUCUGCAACUUAGCCUGGUCCAAACACACAAACGAACUGGUCAGUACACACGGUUAUUCCCAAAACCAGAUACUGGUGUGGAAGUAUCCAUCGUUAACUCAAGUGGCCAAACUCACAGGACAUUCCUACAGAGUGCUCUACCUAGCCAUGUCACCCGACGGAGAGGCCAUUGUGACGGGGGCGGGAGAUGAAACACUUCGAUUUUGGAACGUUUUUAGUAAAAUGAGAUCUACUAAGGAAUCAGUCUCAGUGUUGAACCUCUUCACCAGGAUCCGGUAGUCUGUGUUUCAGUGGGGAUAACGAAGGGAAGGGGGUUUGUCUCUGCAUGCAUGGAGUUGUUCAUGAGCCUCUUUGAAUAUUCACAUCCUUCAGAGGCUUCAGUGACUGAUCUUAGUUUAGCCAAUUUAUAGCUGAUGUUGGGAGGAGCUGAAGAGUUGCACAAGUAGACUUUCGAGGGCUGAGAAAAUCAUUCGGCGCCCAGGACUCCACCUGAUAUAUGGAACCACUGCCACUUCAACCAGACCCAUGACGAUCAGGAGCAUUUCAGGGCCGUUUGUGUGGUUGUUUUGUUUACAAAACCGACUUUGUGCAUACCUGCCAAAUACAUUGUGUUUGUUUUAUUUGGUUGUGUAUUUAUUUUUAUUUAGUUUUAUUCCUACGAGCUGCCUGUUUAAAAAGGCUGGUGGGUUUACUUUCAUGUCCAUAACUGCAGAUUUCAGUCUUACCUCUGAGCUAAUUUGGAUUUCUCCUGAUUUACUAAAAAAAAAAAAGGCAUGUUAGUUUUUAGAUUUUUUGUUUAUUUCUGAUUUUAAGAGUGACAAUAAUGCUUCAUGGACACUGAUAUCAGAUUACAUAAACCACUGAGACCUGGUGUUGGUCAAAGGCCUUUUUUUAAUCGUUUAUCAAGUUCAUUUUAGUCCACUAAAUGUUCAAAGAUUAUUUCAUAAUCUCAUAAAAAAUAAAAAAAAUACUCUGGGAAAACUAUAAGAGUAAAAGUUACAAAAAUAAUCUGUAUAAUUUAUCAUUUUAGUGUUACUUGUAUGGGCAAUUGUUUUCUUUUUUGUCUGUUAACAGAAUUUGGUAAGAAAGAUAAAAUGUCUUGGCCUAUCGGUGUAGUUUGUAACAAGUACAGUUUAUAAAAAAAAGGGGUUAAACCAGCCAAUGCAACGGCAUGUUCAGAAGCUAAUAAAGAGCAUUUAUGUGUUG